AUGAGGAUAUUUUUGAUAUUUUAUUCUGCGGCCAUAAUAAUUGCAUUAGCCGAUGCCCAACGAAAGUCUAACAUCACCAAACCGGUCGUAAACCUCGAGAAACGACCACGUACUCCAAUAUGGCAUCGACCCCCCGAGGAGAGAAGAAAACUAUCAAUUUUCCCAAGAAACAAUGUAAAGUUUGUGGUCACCCCCAAACCUGUGAACGACGAGCCAAAGGAGUCACCAAUUAAAAGGCCGCUAAUGAGAAAGUUUAUAACGCAGGACAAUAACGAGAAAGGAACAUGGUCAUUCGCACCAAGAAAGCCUCUCAUGAAGACACAGCGGUUCACUGUGACUUUGGCACCGCCAAAAUCUAGCAACCAAAAAGCCAUUGACCAUAUGGAAUCUGAAGAAUCAAAAAAGGUACCAAUAGUGCUUAGUAAUAUAAACACCAAGUCAGAAUCAACAAAACAUCAUAAUAUAAACAAAGGAAAUCUAAUUGAAUCGGUGAAAAUAAGAAAGGACCCUUUAGCAUCUAAAAACUUACAUAAAGUUGAACAGAAUAUUACUAGGCAAGGCAUUUUACAAACAGCGAAGGGAAAUGACACACAAACUACCCAAAUAGUUCAAAAGAACGAUACUAAAUCUCGACCAACAUUUGGUGAAGACUUAAUCGAUGUAAGAAGUUUCAACGAUGACGAUGUUGUUUUGGAUACAAACGAAACUAUAAACAAGGAUCAAAAUGAGUAUGAGUCUCUUAAUAAAACAGCUGAUACGCCUAAAACAGAGGAAGAUACAGUUGAAAGCAGAGCAGUCGAUUUAAAUGAAAUUAAAUAUCCAGGUGACUAUGACAAUAAUUCAUUGAAAAUGGGCAGUGAUGGAUCUAAUAAUCAUAAAGCCGGACAGAUUAUAAACUUCAAUGACCUUGAAAUAAUGUUAGAAAAAAUUGUAAAUAUUACUGAACAAUCAAAUAGUAGCUCAACAUCCGACUUAAAAGACAGUGGUGCUUUCGUCAUAUUAAACAACGAAACCAGUAUAGAUGAAAUACCUCAGUUUGAUGUCACAAAAUCGAACGAUUUUUAUGAUGUUAUAACCCUUAGCACUGAUGAUAAAGAAAAUAUUCAGGGUUACUUUAACAAGGCGAAUCAAAAAGUGCACCCUGCAAGCGAGACCAAUGUACUAAAUGAAAAAGAUAUCAAUGAACAUGUAGCGGAGUCUUUGAUGGCAAGGAACUUGGAAAGCCAAAUAAAUUUUAUCGAGAACUACACAGUUAGCGCUGCUAAUAGUGAAAUGUAUCAAGAACAGAAGGAAAGUGUAGGCUCAAAAGUGCAAGACUUUAAAAUAAAUACUGAUGAGACUUCAAAAUAUACCACAGCUCAUACUAUUGAAGGUGAAGUAACCGGUAAUGACUCAAUAGAAGAGCUUACAAAAGAUAAUAAAAAUAAUUCGGAGACCUCGAAUGCGCUAAAUCUUUCGCUUGAAAUAUAUGAAUCUAACAUGCCUUUGAGCAUAGAAGAAAUUUCUAGUGAUUGCGAUGAAAAUAAUUGUAAUGAAUCUACGCCAGGCAAAUUAAACUUAACAAUCGAAGAAACCUCUAACGACGAAUUAAUUGAUAACUUGUCUUUCGGCGAAAUUUCAAACAAAUCGACCAGCGACGCGUCCAACGAUUACGCAGAAGAGCGUUCUAAUGAGUCAUUCAUUAAUAAAUCUGACAUCUUACGUAAUGAGCCUAUCUCAAAUGAAUCGUCUUUUAAUACGACAGGCGAAGAGUUAUCUAAUGAGUUGAAUGCAGAUAAAUCUAAUACUUUAACUGAAGAAAUUAUAAGUGAACCUUUAGUAGAAUCGUCGGAUAAUUUCACUGGAGAGCAACUCUCAAAUGAGUCAUCUUCAAAUAUGGCUGGAGAAGAGUUAUCAAACGAAUCUUUUGCAGAUAAAUCUGUCAAUUUUGAAGAGAUUUCAAACGAUUCCAUGAUUGAAAACUCCAACAGUUUUUCUGGGGAACAAAUCUCAAAUGAAUCAUCAAACAUAACCGAGGAAGAAACAUCCAAUGAGUCUUAUUUGAUUGAUGAUGUUACAAAUGAAAGCAUUGAAACCUCUGACAAUAUAACAGAAGAGGAAUCCUCAAAUGAAUCAUCAUUAAAUACAGCAAGCGAAGAAAUAUCAAAUGAGUUCAUUGAGAAUUUUUCAAAUGAAAGCAUCGAAGCAUCUUAUAAUUUAACUGCAGUGCCACAGGAAUUGUCGAGCGACAAUUCGGACAAUGUUACCGAUGAAAGGAUACCUGACGAGAUAGUGGCUAGUGAGCAACGGACAAGCGCAGAAGAAAUUGCGGAGAAGGCAUUGAUAAAUAGAUUCAAAAGGAGCAAUAACAUAAUUGAGGAAGAAAGUGUACUAACAACCAUCAGUGGAUUCAGAUACACGGGCCACGAAGUCACUCUGAAUCACGACUUGACUUACAAGAACAUCAACGCCUGAAAAAAAGCGCAGAGCAAUUUCUCGACAGUGUAAAUAUAUGAAUA